GUCUAAAACAGUAUGAAAUUAUUAGUGUAGGACGACUAGUGUUGGUGGUUGGUUGUAUCAUUUGUGCUGUACAUAUUAUUACUACUAAUAUUACAAAAUGUCCUUGGACGAGAAAUUUAACAAAGCUGCCGAAGAUGUUAAGAACUUGAAGACUAAGCCGACAAAUGACGAUCUUUUAGAAAUUUAUGCCCUGUUUAAGCAGGCGACGGUUGGUGAUAACAGUACCGAUAAGCCAGGAAUGUUGGAUUUGAAAGGAAAAGCAAAAUGGGAGGCCUGGAAUGGUAAAAAAGGUCUAGCGCAAGCAUCAGCCAAAGAGCAGUACAUUGCCAAAGUAGACCAAUUAAUCCAGUCCAUUGGCCUUCAAUAAAAUUUUAAAUUUUAAUUUUUUAUUUUCUCGUUUUGUUACCGUUUUGGAAAUAAUAAAGACAUAAUACAUG